GCGGAUAUACACUGAAAAAAAGUCAAGACAUCAUUUCACCGACUGUUAGGAUGGAGGAGACAUCUCUACUCUGGCUGCUCUUUCUGACCUCACUGCUGAGCUGCCCAACAAACCAAGCCUCUCUGACUGUGAGUCCCAGCAGCUCUCAGCUGUUUAAAGAUGAAUCUGUCUCUCUGAGCUGUGAGGAGGACGACAGCUCAGCUGGAUGGACUCUGAGGAGGAACACGACCAUAAAAACCAGGACUCAGUGUGGAGAUGGCUGGGGAAGACCUGCUGGUUCUUCCUGUAACAUCAGCUACAUGGACCCAGUGGACAGUGGAGUUUACUGGUGUGAGUCCAGAGAGGGAGCAACCAGUAACAGCAUCAACAUCACUGUCACUGGUGGACCAGUGAUCCUGCAGAGUCCUGUCCUCCCUGUGAUGGAGGGAGAAGACCUCACUCUGACCUGUAAAACAGAGACGUCCUCCAACCUCCCAGCUAGUUUCUAUAAAGAUGGCUCCUUCAUCAGGAAUGAGCCUGCAGGUCACAUGACCAUCCACAAUGUUUCCAGGUCUGCUGAAGGCCUCUACAAGUGUCACAUCAGCAGUGUUGGAGAGUCUCCACCCAGCUGGGUCUCUGUCACAGGUGAGGAGGUUAAAGAGAAACACACGACUACAAGUCCUCCUACAUCCUCCACCAGCUCUGGCUUCACCACAGUUUCAGUCGGUGUACUGGUUCUCCUGGUUCUCCUGGUUCUCCUGGUUUUCCUGGUUCUCCUGGUUCUCCUGGUUCUACGAUGCAUCCGUAGGAAAGCUAAAGCUCAAGAUGAAGCUGGAGAUGGUGAUGUCACAUACAGUGAUGUCACAAUAUCACCUAACCUGCAGCAGCCAAUCAGACGGAGCAGAGAGAGUGAUCCUGCUGCAAUCUACUCCGGAGUGAGAACAGAAGACGUCUGUAACGGACAAAUAGUGAUCAAAGCCAAGAAGACAAAAAGGAAGAGAGAGAGUGAUCCUGCUGCAAUCUACUCCGGAGUGAGAACAGAAGACGUCUGUAACGGACAAAUAGUGAUCAAAGACAAGAAGACAAAAAGGAAGAGAGAGAGUGAUCCAGCUGCAAUCUACUCUGGGGUGAUCAAAGACAAGAAAACAAACAGGAAGAGAGAGAGUGAUCCAGCUGCAAUCUACUCUGGGGUGAUCAAAGACAAGAAAACAAACAGGAAGAGAGAGCCUCCAGCAGAGCCAGAGGUCCUCUACUCCUCAUAGAGGAAGACCUGAACACCAUCACACCAGUCCAACCAGUGGAGUCCAGCCGGCCAAUCACUGGUCCCCAGAGACCCUCACAUCUACAUCUGUAUAGCCCUGGUGUAUUUGUCGGAGAUUUUAAACUUUGUGAGCACAAAAAGGUCAGUCCGGUCAUCCAACCAACUGGCUUUAGAAGACCCAAGGUCGAGGUACAAACUGUGCGGUCAGCCCUAUAUUCCCACAGCCCUAUGUUUCCACAUUUCUAAGAUUUUUCUUAAAGCUCCAUUGUAUAACAUUUGUAGUUGUUUAUUAUCAAAA